CGUAUCCAUUUUCAUCUCUCAAAUCUCUCUCUCUCUCUCUCUCAUAAAUAAUCGAAUCUCUGAAUCAUUCUGCUACGAAUCUUCUGAUUCCGUCAGCCUUCGACAUGGCCGAGGAAGAGCAGAAGAAGGUGACGGAGUCCGAAACCGGUUCCGACCCUAGAGCCGAACCGGAGAAGGCCGUUGCUCCGGCGGAGAAAGCUGUAGCUCCGCCGCCGGAGACUGAGGAGAAGCCCGACGACUCCAAAGCUCUUGUGCCGGUCAAAAAACCUGAGGAAGAGAAGAAAGAAGGCUCUUCCGUUGAUCGAGAUGCUGUCCUGGCAAGAGUUGAGACGGAGAAGAGGAUGUCUCUUAUCAAAGCUUGGGAGGAAGCUGAGAAAUCCAAAGUCGAUAACAAGGCUCAGAAGAAGCUUUCUGCGAUCGGGGCAUGGGAAAACAGCAAGAAAGCGUCCGUCGAAGCUGACCUCAAGAAAAUUGAGGAGCAGCUAGAGAAGCAGAAGGCGGAGUAUGCGGAGAAGAUGAAGAACAAGAUAGCUGAAAUCCAGAGGGAAGCCCAAGAGAAAAGAGCGAUGAUCGAAGCGAGGCGCGGCGAAGAAGUUCUCAAGGCCGAAGAACUCGCCGCCAAGUAUGGUGCCACCGGGACGGCCCCGAAGAAGCUCUUUGGAUGCUUCUGAACGACAAAAGAAAUCCAAAUAUAUAUAUAUAUAUAUAUAUUGAUUUGAUCUGUUAUUUGAUUUGGAAAGAACGUUUUCAUUCAGUGGUUUAGUGUUGUGUCAUUUGGGUUAUAUAUGUCAUUUAGGAAGUUAUAUGGUCAUGGGCGAAACAUUUUGUUAUUUUUGGGUGUGAAUUGUGAAAUGCAGUUUGUCCUCUUGUCAAGGCGUAGACGUGUACAUGAAACAUAUUAUGACAUGGGCGGUUGUUAUA